CAGUGCUACACAAGUCUUAACAGGAGUUGCUAUUGGAGGUGGAUGGCAAGUGAUGGCGGCUUAUAUAAAUUUUGGUAGUUAUUUGGUUGGGCUCCCGUUAGCCAUCUUUCUUGGCUUCAAAGCAAAUCUUGGAGCUGUGGGACUUUGGGGUGGGAUGAUGAGUGGAAAUGCUCUUCAGAUCUUCUUCCUGCUGAUUCUGACUUGUAGAAUUAACUGGGACAGAGAGGUGGAGCAAACAACAAAGCGCAUAAAGAAGUGGGGAAGCCAAGAAAUAAAAACUGACAAGAUAUAUAAAAAUAUAUCAUGAAAUUAGCAUAGAUCCUUGAUGCACAUUGCUGCAUAAAAUGAAAGAAAACUCGUGCUUUUGUAUCUCUUUCGUAUCUGUAUAUUUAGGGUAUGUGCCAAUGUUUAAUGUACUUCUUCAACAUUCAAUUCUUAUUAUGGUCGAAGUUGAGGCGUUCUGCCUUCAGUCCAUCAUCUAGUCUGACCAAAAAGAACAAAAAGGUCACGAUGAGGCGGCCAACAGUUUACGAACUGAGACCUCCAUCUUCAUUUCUGA